UUCGUUCCUGUGGAGGGAAAAAAGGCGCAUCUUAGAAGCUGAAGUUGAGAGUUGUAGCGUUUCUCUGUCGACUGCUCAUAACAGGACCGACUCACCAUGCUUGACCCACAGGAAAAACGCCCGCAUGACAUUCCUGCCUAUGAUGGCAUAGAGGAUGAAGCUUUCCCCCCACUCCCACCACCACACUCCCCAGGCCGGGGAGGCCAGGAGGAAGGAGACCCUUUUGCAGACGGAGAUGAAGGUGAGGUAUCACAGCUGGCUGAUGUCCCUACUGCUAAAAGGAGAGGUGUGAAGAGACCCCAACCCAAGCUGGACUCCCACAGGCUGAUAUCAGAUAGAGGGCUUCCAGCUCUGGGCACUCUCUUUGACAAUAUCCAGUUCAAAGGCAAAGGACACGAGGCUGCAGACCUGCGGCUGCUGGUGCAGAAGAUGGAGAACUGGGCCCACAGGUUGUAUCCCAAAUUACAAUUUGAAGAUUUUAUUGACAAAGUGGAAAGGCUCGGCAGCAAAAAGGAAGUGCAGACAUGUCUUAAACGAAUACGACUGGACAUGCCCCUGACACAUGAAGAUUUUACAAGUACAGAUGGUGCUGGUGACGAAGAGGUACAGCGUGAACUGGAAACAUUUGGGGAUCCUGAUCUAUUCAGCAGAGAGAGCUUUGUUAAUGGUCCCCAAGGGCAGAUCGCCGAAGCCCUCGCUCCCCCACCCUCUCUGACCGAAGAGCAGCGGAAACGCAUUGAGCUGAACAGACAGCGGGCCCUGGAAAAGAGGCUCGCACGCCAGCAGCAGCAGCAAAUUGGCCCUUCAGACUCUCAGACUGCUGACAUGUUAGGAGACAAACCUCCAGCUGCGUCCUCACCAAAUGUCAUCAACAGUUCUACCAAUGGAGAUGAAACUGUAGAAGAUCCUGACCUCGAGCCUACCAACAACACCUCCACGCAACAAACCAGCCCACUUCCCCCCCAAAGACUCUGAGCCCGCUGAGACCGGCCUCAGCCCUGAGCAACAACCCAGCAAGGACUGUAAAGAAGGGGAUUAAAGUUCACAUGCAGCACAGUUUCUGCUGAAAAGCUUUGGCAGUGAGCAGAUUUAAAGGUUUCCCAAUUUUCGUGCCUGCUCAUUCGAGUAAUGUUGUGCAUUUCUGGUGGUUUAUAUCUUGAGCACAUGUUCCUACUGUGACGUCAGCUUUGGAUUAGCAAAGACAUUUAUACUUAUAAUCAAUGGA